AAACAUGUUUUGCCUCUGAUACACACAGUAUGUAUGAUUUGUUUUUCUUUGGAACAUGAAUGUCUAUCACCAGAAGUUGUUAUUUCUGUCGUAUUAUUGUGUGUCAUGUAAUGGACCAUUUUAAUGGUAAGACAUGAAUGUAAAAAAAUUCCUAAGUUCAUUCAUAUUGUUUAUCAUCUUACACUUGAUGAUUCAAACUGCUCCAUCUCCUGUAAUGAAGCACAGCUACUAACCCCUCCCUUCUCUCAGAGAACUUUGACUGUAUACGUCCUGGUUUCUGCUGAUAUCACAGAUCUACAAGUUUAGAGAUGGGUGUAACCAACAUGCUGUGAAGUGCAAAAGCCAAUGAGCCACUUUACUGCAGAUCAAUGUGCACAAAGAAACUGAGGUUUGGCUUUCUGUGAUGCUUUUGCUAUGCAGAGCUCCUUUGUAUGAGGAAAGUCAAGCUCUUGAGACAUUAACCAUCAUUGAGAGGUGAAAUGGCACAGCGAGGAAAUCAAGCAGACAGAAUGAAAUUCUGUUGUUCAAUCUGUCUGGAUCUACUGAAGGAUCCGGUGACUAUUCCCUGUGGACACAACUACUGCAUUAGCUGUAUUAAAACCUUCUGGGAUGGAGAAGAUCAGAAAAACCACAGCUGUCCUCAGUGCCAAAAGACUUUCAUACCGAGGCCUGACCUGGUGAAAAACACCAUGUUAGCAGAGUUAAUGGAGGAACUGAAGAAGACCGGACUGGGAGCUGCUCCAGCUGAUCAUUGCUAUGCUGGACCUGAAGAUGUGGCCUGUGAUGUCUGUACUGGGAGGAAGCUGAAAGCUCUCAAAUCCUGUGUGGUUUGUCUGGCCUCCUGUGAGCAACACCUUCAGCCUCACUAUGAUUCUCCUGAAUUUAAAAGACACAAACUGGUUGAAGCUUCUGUUAAACUUCAGGAGACCAUCUGCUCUCGUCAUGAUGAUGUGAUGAAGAUUUUCUGCCACACUGAUCAGCAGUGUAUCUGUUAUCUCUGCUCCAUGGAUGAACAUAAAGGCCACGACACAAUCUCAGUUGCAGCAGAAAGGACAGAGAAGCAGAAGGAGCUUGGCAUAAGACAGAAAAAAAUCCAUCAGAGGGUCCAGAACAGAGAGGAAGAUGUGAAAGAGCUUCAACAGGAGGUGGAGGCUAUCAAUCGCUCUGCUGAUAAAGCAGUGGAGGACAGUGAGAAGAUCUUCACUGAGCUUAUCCGUGACAUUCAGAAAAGAAGCUCAGAUGUGAAGCAGCUGAUCAGAUCUCAGCAGGAAACUGAACUGAAUCAGGUCAAAGAUCUUCAGGAGAAGUUGCAGCAGGAGAUCAAGGAGCUGAAGAAGAAAGACACUGAGCUGGAGAAGCUCUCACGCACAGAGGAUCACACCCAGUUUCUGCAAAAAUAUCCCUCGCUGCCAGAUGUUUGUGGAUCUACAGGCUCUCCUUGCACCAACAUCAAUCGCCUGUGGUACUUUAAGGAUGUGAUGGCAGCUGUGACAGCAGUCAGAGAUAAACUGCAGAUCAUUCUUAGUGAGAAAUGGCCACAAGCAGAGCCGAAGACCAGAGCUGAGUUCUUACAAUAUUCACGUCAGAUCACAGUGGAUCCAAACACAACAAGCAAUGUUUUGGUUUUAUCAGACGGGAACAGAAAGGUAACCUAUAAUGUUAAAAAUAAAACAUAUUCUCAACAUCCAGACAGAUUCACUUGUAUAUCUCAGGUCCUGGGUAAAGAUGGUCUGACUGGACGUUGUUACUGGGAGGUGGAGAGGAGGAGGGGUGUUGAAAUAGCAGUCGCAUACAAGAGUAUUAGUAGAUCAGGGGACUUUAACGCACAUGUAUUUGGAUACAACGAGAGGUCUUGGACUUUACGUUGUGACAAUGGAUACACAUUCAGACAUAAUAAGAUCUCAGCUGCCAUCUCAGGCCCUCAAUCCUCAAGAAUAGGAGUGUACCUCGAUCACAGUGCAGGUAUUCUGUCUUUCUACAGCAUCUCUGAAACGAUGACUCUCCUCUACAGAGUCCAGACCACAUUCACUCAGCCGCUCUAUGCCGGACUUAGGCUUUAUUCUAAUGGAGACACUGCUGAGUUUUGUAAGUUCAAGUAGACAGAGGGAUGGUUAAUGUUUACACCUGAUUCUUGACCAUCGUACUACAUAUCACAAUCCUGGAGCCCUGAGUAGGGGAACCAAUACAACUCCCCUUUGUUUUCUACCAAUUCCUGUGAAAGCCCAAAGAAGGUCUGGGCUAAAUCAACAAUAACCUCUAACCUCAAGAAUAUGGAUGUAUAUUUAACUUCAGUUUUGAAAUGCCUUCAAAGGUAAACUGAGAGUCCUUUCUCCACAUUAAAGUGUCAGUUUUGACUCUUCAGAGGACAAUCUUUGCCUUCUUCUACCUCCAAAGACUCUCCAACUGUGUCAGGGAAAGAGGAAUUUAUGACACAAACUAAAAACAGCUACAUGUGAUCAACUCAAGUCUCAUGAAACACUGGAUUAAUGGACUUUUCACUGGAAAAAAAUAAAAAGAGACUGUUUUACCACAAUUUAACCUCCUCAGUUUGAUUUGAUGAGUUGGGACAAUCAAAUUCUCUCCUUUUAACCAUGCACACACAUACAUCCACAUAUCAACAUGCUUAUCCUACCCUUUUUAUUUUUCACUCUGCUGUGACUUCAGAUAAGGACAUUUGCCCGACAUAUGUGGUAAAUUAAGGAAAGGCUUGGCUUGAGUUUCUGUGUUCCUUAAAGCCAGAAGUUUGAUUCAAUGUUUACUAAGUAUAUAACCAUCUUGUAACCUAUAAUUUAUUAGUCACAAAGUAAUGCCGGUCAAAAUGGUCUAACUCUGAAUUCUCUGUGAUAAGGUAUAGCUGAGAUAUACAUAUUUAGAUUAAAUUAUCACACAGUACCUGUACCACCAGUGCCGACCAGUGGUCAAAUUUUAUAUAAAUUUGAACACUGAAGAAAAGGCUUCUGCAAAUACAGCAUAAUGUUUUCUGAUAUCCACUAAAUUGCUAUUAAACUCUAUAUAAAUUAGUAGAAAUUUGAUGUGUAUGAAGGAUCACCUUGAUAAGUGAAGAACUAACCUUACUAGUUAUAAAAUAGAAUAAAGUUAACAUUAGAAGCAAGUUUGUUAAAUAACUAUAGUAUGUUUUCAUUAAGCUGUACUGAUUACUGAGAACAUGUUAAUAGAAGUGUAGUCAACAAAGACUGCAUUUUAAUUUUAUUGUAUAACCUAAUCACAGGAUCCAACUCAGGUAUUGUGAUAGUGAUUACAUUAUAUAUCCGUGUCUCUCAACAUCUGAGUAACAUAUUGAACUAUGCAAUUCAUUUUUAAAUGUGAAUGAUCAUAGUGAAACGUGUAAAAUUUAAUUUAAUUUUAAUCUCUUGUAAUCAACUCAGAGAGAUCACGUGUUUUCUCUCUGAUAAAGGAUUUUCUGUUUAGCGCAGGAGAAUAUCCGUCUCCACCCACAACACACCCCUACCACAGGCCAGAAUAAAAUAGCGUGUCAGCCUGCGCCCAUGUUCUCUUCCUUUUGUAUGUCCAAGGAGACGCAUGUCGCAUCUCUUAAGACUUCUGCCAUCUUAACUUUCUCCGUAUUUUUUUCUUUCGUAUCAUGUGAUCUCUUAAGUUAACUUUCUUUUCUUUUAAGCUACGUGCAGUAUUGUAACUUCAGUGAAACAAACUUUAUGUUGAAAUUCUUUCACACUUAAUAUCUUGAAGUAUAGUUUCGUUUCGGCCGGCGACAUUAUUUUGAGAAAGAGAAAGUCAGUAUAGUCAGUCAGGAGAUUUCAAAUUAAAUUACUUGCUCUCCAUGGGUCAAGACAUCUUCAACAGUGUUACUAGAGACAAUCAUAUCAGAUUUUGUCUCCUUCAUCUAACGGUUAAACCAUGUGGUGAUUCAGUAAAUCACCUGAAGAAACUGCAAAACAACACUUCGUCUCAAGGCUCCCGCAACAUUCACGAGCGGAACUCCGCUGGGAAACUUUGUUGGGAACUCCGGCUAAACAACACUUCUGCCCUCCACCUCCCUCUAAGAUUAAGAGUUGUCAUUUGAAUUGAACUCUCCAGUUAAUUUCUUAGAGAGGUUGGUUAGGGAAAUGACCUCUGCCUCAACUAAUUCUCCAGUAAUUACGCUAUCAUUCACGUUUCACCAUCAGCUAUUCAUAACUCCUAAUACACAGUUUAAAACAUAUUGCACUCAUUCUGGUUGAACACUCAUUUUUCUGUUUGCAUUGAUACCUCAUUUAUUCACUUGUUAACCAUCUUAUUUCAAUAAAUAUGUAUUUAUUAGCAUGUCGUUGUCUUCAGUGUUUCUGUUUCUCUUCCCGGCACAGCUAAUAAACUGGGGGAAGUGGUGCCCCUGAUCAAAUAAGGAUUUUAUAUCAAUAAAUGUGAUGUUCCUACACCUAACGUUUAAGUAUUGGAGCUUAGGUGUUCAUAAAAUUCAUUUCAGGAAGAGCAUAUGAUGUAAAACUCACAAAAUGGUAGACAAUCUUCUUAGUAACUUUUAAGAGGGCAAGAAACAAAAUCAGUCACAUGUAAAGUAACAGAAAACAAGAGUUACAAUAACAGAGAAAAGUGUUUUCCAGUGGGUGAGCGAAAGGCUCAGUUAAAGCAAAACAAAAAGAAAGAAAGCUUUUUACCUUUGACAACUAAAAUCUUUUAAUUCAGUGACCUUUUUAAGCUGUUGUACUUAUAAGCUCCUUAUAUCUAAAUCUCCUCAAGUUAUCACUAAAACAAUUAAGCAAGAAACACUGAAUAUUUCAAAAUCUUAAUUAAAGUUCAGCAUAGGGCUGUCAUGAUAUCAGAUUUUCACAACACGAUUAUCGAGGCCAAAAGAAUUCAUGAUAACCAUAUUAUCGCGAUAUAUCAGUCAAAUCAUCUUUGAAUUUGUUUAUUGUGUGUUUUGCCUCUUUUUUGGCAGAUGACAUACACUCAAAAUACGAGUGUAGGGAGAUGGAAAGAGAGUCGGUGACAUAACUGUACAUACUACAGAAAAUGAAUAUUUUACACAUUUUUCUAAGGGUAUGUCUAGGGUUCUUCCAAAAACAGGCCACUUGGAGACACCAAAUAACCCCUAUUUCAGAGUAACUGAAGCAUAAACACAUUAUAGUGCUUUGUUCCC